GGCCGGGCCGGAGGAGCCGGGAAGGGCCGGGAGGGGCCGGGAGGGACCGGGAGGAGCCGGGAGGAGCGGAGCGGAGCGGGCCGUGGCAGUGCGGCGCGGCGAGCCCCGGCCCGCGGGCAGCGCCAUGGCCGAGACGAUUAUUAUCCGUGUGCAGUCGCCUGAGGGAGUGAAGAGAAUCACGGCCACGAAGAGAGAAACGGUGGGAACGUUCCUCAAAAAGGUGGCCAAGGAGUUUGGGUUCAGGAAUAAUGGCUUUUCCGUGUACACCAACCGCAACAGGACCGGCGAGAUCACGGCGGCACAGAACAAAUCCCUCAACCUGCUCAAGAUCAAGCACGGGGAUAUGCUGUUCCUGUAUCCCUCCAGCCCAGCUGGCUCCUCCUCAGAGACCAUGGACACCUCUGUCUCCCAAAAUUCCCGGCCUGGGGGGGCUCCCCAGGUGGUGGAAGAUGAGAUUGACCAGUACCUGAUCAAACAGGAUGGGAAGAUUUACCGGAACCGAGACCAGCAGCUGUGUCGCCACGGCCCCUUGGGCAAAUGUGUGCACUGUGUCCCACUGGAGCCCUUCGAUGAGGAUUAUUUGAACCAUCUGGAGCCUCCUGUGAAGCACAUGUCAUUCCAUGCCUACAUCAGGAAGCUGACUGGAGGGGCAGACAAAGGGAAGUUUGUAGCCCUGGAGAACAUCAGCUGUAAGAUCAAGUCGGGGUGUGAGGGACACCCUCCCUGGCCCGAGGGGAUCUGCACCAAGUGCCAGCCCAGCGCCAUCACCCUCAACCGACAGAAAUACAGGCAUGUUGACAACAUCAUGUUUGAGAACCACACAAUUGCAGAUCGCUUCCUAGACUUCUGGAGGAAGACAGGGAACCAGCAUCUGGGAUAUCUGUACGGCCGGUACACGGAGCACAAAGACAUCCCGCUGGGAAUCCGGGCGGAGGUGGCGGCCAUCUAUGAACCCCCCCAGAUUGGCACCCAGAACAGCCUGGAGAUCCUGGAGGAUCCCAAAGCCGAGGUUGUGGAUGAGAUCGCAGCAAAGCUCGGCCUGAGAAAGGUUGGCUGGAUAUUUACUGACCUGGUCUCGGAAGACACACGGAAAGGCACCGUUCGAUACAGCAGGAACAAGGACACGUAUUUCCUGAGUGCAGAGGAGUGCAUCACAGCUGGCAACUUCCAGAACCAGCAGCCCAACAUCUGUCGCCUCUCUCCCGAUGGGCACUUUGGAUCCAAGUUUGUCACAGUUGUGGCUACAGGUGGUCCUGACAACCAGGUGCACUUUGAGGGGUACCAGGUGUCGAACCAGUGCAUGGCCCUGGUGCGGGACGAGUGCCUGCUGCCCUGCCGGGACGCGCCGGAGCUGGGCUACGCCAAGGAGUCCAGCAGCGAGCAGUACGUGCCUGAUGUCUUCUACAAGGACAUAGACAAGUUUGGGAACGAGAUCACCCAGCUAGCUCGUCCGCUGCCGGUCGAGUACCUCAUCAUAGAUAUUACUACAACUUUCCCCAAGGAUCCAGUCUACACUUUUUCUAUUUCUCAAAACCCAUUCCCCAUCGAGAACCGCGAUGUGCUGGGUGAAACUCAGGACUUCCACAGUUUGGCCACGUACCUGUCCCAAAAUACUUCCUCCAUUUUCUUAGACAUCAUUUCCGAUUUCCAUCUGCUCCUCUUCCUGGUCACAAACGAGGUCAUGCCUCUGCGGGACAGCAUCAGCUUGUUGCUGGAAGCCGUGAGGACUAAAAAUGAGGAGCUUGCACAGACCUGGAAAAAAUCGGAGCAGUGGGCGACCAUCGAGCAGCUCUGCAGCACGGUGGGUGUCCCGCUCCCGGGACUGCAGGAGUAUGGCGCCAUGGGGGGCUCGUCGCACGCCGUGGCCGCGGCCAUGUGGCCCUGCCAGCACUGCACCUUCAUGAACCAGCCGGGCACGGACCACUGCGAGAUGUGCAGCCUGCCCCGUUCCUAGCCCCGCUCCUGUCGGGGGCCACCCGCAGCGGCCGGCGUGGCGCCCGUCCCUUCCCGCUCCUCCCUUCAGCUUCCAGCCCGGGCUGCGGAGCCAGGCACGGGUGGCUCCAGCCCCCCAGUUACUCCUCGCUCCCUUUUGGGGGCUCCCAGCCCGGAGAACCAACGCUUUCCUCAGCCCGUGCCUGGGCUGGCCCCCCACCACCCUCAGCUGCUGCCAGC